AUGUUGAUCAUAUCUCUUGUAACCAUUUUGGGAUUACUUAUUCCUGCAGGUCAAGUUUCGGCAGGUGUCUGUUCCACUGAUACAGUAACCAGUACCGCUACAAGCACAACUACCAAGACAGCUCCACCAGUCACUUCUCCGUCCCCCUAUGAUGUCGACUGCACAACUACAGAUUACUAUUCUACUAGUACCGAGACCGAUACGAGUACUACUACAUUCACUGCUCCCACUACAACUGUUACUCCCACAACUACGACCACAUUAGUAGCUCGUGCUGUGACUACGACUACGACCAAGACAGUCACCACUACAACUUGCGGGCCCACUAUCUACAGGCGAUUUUACACCCACACGCCAGGAUUACCAUUACCCACUGUAGUAUUCGAGGAACCAGCAAAGAGAAUCACUAAUGCCGAACGAUUACGAAGAGGUUUACCGAUCCAGAAACCAGCAAAAAAAAGGAGAGAUGGUCAACCAGCAGGAGUUAGUUGCACUCCUACCACCACAACUGUUCGGGCUACUACUACGAGUACCAUCACUACAACUCCGACCGUGUAUAGGGGUUACACACCUGUGUGUACUUCCACCUACACCGAUGAAGAGAUCUAUACUGUUUAUACUACCACAACUGUCUCGACCACUACCACCCCUGUGAAAACCGCAAGGAUGACUUCGACAAUUACCACAACGUCCACUCCCACAAACACCGCCACUAUCACUUCAACUUCUACGACAUAUACCGCUACUUGCUCAAGACACUAG